AUGCUUGCAAUUGCUUGCAUGAAGCGAGGUGCAGAGUGUGAGCAGCAGAUUCAGCCAUGCCGGCGCCUGAUGCAGAGGGGCGGCGGAAUGGCCGACGACCUGCGCAACUCCGGUUCUGGCGGGGGCUCAGCUCAAGCAAAGCACGUCUCAAGUCCCGGGGAGCCUUUGUGGAGACAGCGAGCGCCUCCAGGGUGCCUACCACAAGGAUGCGGAGUGGCACCGUUGUGUGGAGACAGGUGUGUGUGCACGCACUUUGCAAGCGGCGCCUGCGGCGCCUGCGGCGCCGGCUGCGCCGGCUGCGCCCGAGCCGGACCGGUGGGUGCCAUUGCGGAGCUGCUCACGGGCUCCUGCCGCGGACGUAGGGACGAACAAGCGCGGGCAAACUUUUGCGGACGUCUCCCAUUUGGCUCCCUUGAGCGCCUCCCUCCGCGGCUCGUCGCCCCACAGCCGAGCCAGGGCGCCCACAGGAGUCGCCUGAACAUAGCGGAAAGGAUCGACAAAGCCUCGAAAAGCCCCGACAAGCCCCGCGAGGCGAGGGCCACUCGCCGGCCCCUCUGGAAAAGUGGGUGUCCUAAGAGUGCUCAUGGUCAGGCAAACAGGGGAUAA